AUGAUUCCCGCUCUUCUGCUUGCAUUCGUUCCAUCCGCACUUGGCAUCUCCGUAUGGGGACAGUGUGGAGGUCAAAACUGGUCUGGUAGUGGUACUUGUGACUCAGGCUUGUCCUGCUCUAAAGUUGACUGUUCUCUAGACUACUACCAGUGUGUCACUGGCACAGCUGCACCGACCACAACUUCGACGAAGCCAGUCACGACCUCUGUCAGACCCACCACUACAACCUCUGGUGCAGGCACUACACUCGUUACGUCCCGCACGGCAACUGGCACUUCACCCACAACCUCGGCCGCAGGCUCGACCAGUAGUGCCGGUAACGUCUUUGCUGGUAGACAGGUCUAUGCCAACCCCUUCUACGCCUCUGAGAUUGCCGCCGCUAUUCCAGCUCUUCCAAGCAGUCUUAAAGCCAAAGCUAGUGCUGUUGCCAAGAUUGGAACCUUUNNUGACACCGCUGCCAAAGUUCCUACAAUGGACACUUACCUGGCUGACAUUGCAAAGCAGAAUGCUGCUGGUGCCAGUCCCGAGAUCAUUGGUGCAUUCGUAGUCUACGAUCUGCCCAACCGCGAUUGCGCCGCCUUGGCCUCCAACGGAGAGCUGACUGUUGCAAACGAUGGUCUUACCAAGUACAAGGCAUACGUUGACUCCAUUGCUGCUAUCGUCAUGAAGUACUCCUCGACCAAGAUCGCUCUUGUCAUUGAGCCCGACAGUCUCGGCAACUUGGUGACCAACUCGAACGUUGCAAAAUGCCAGGAGGCUCACGAUGCUUACAUCAGUGGUGUCGAGUAUGCAAUCAAGACUUUGAACUUCCCCAACGUUGCAAUGUACCUCGAUGGAGGACACGGUGGAUGGCUUGGAUGGCCUGCCAACAUUGGCCCAGCCGCCGACCUCUUCGCAAGCAUCUACACGGCCGCUGGCAAGCCCGCAGCUCUUCGCGGAAUUGCCACCGAUGUUUCCAACUACAACGCCUACCAGCUUUCCACAGCCCCUUCCUACACACAGAGCAACCCUAACUUUGAUGAGCAGCGUUACGUCAACGCUCUAGCCCCUCUCUUGACAGCUCAGGGCUUCCCAGCACACUUCAUCAUUGACCAAGGCCGUUCAGGUGUUCAGCCCACAUCCCAAUUGCAGCAAGGAGAUUGGUGCAAUGUCAUCAACACUGGAUUUGGUACUCGCCCGACCGCAAACAUUGGUGACCCGCUGGUCGACGCUAUCGUCUGGGUCAAGCCAGGCGGUGAAUCUGACGGAACUUCCGACUCGUCUUCCGCCAGAUACGACGCCCACUGUGGGUAUGCCGAUGCUCUGAAGCCUGCCCCUGAAGCUGGCACUUGGUUCCAGGCAUACUUCCAGCAAUUGCUUCAGAACGCAAAUCCCGCACUGUGA